GCAGUUCCAUGAACUUCAGCGAAGAAAACUCUACUUACAUCGCCCUGGAGAAAAUUGUUAAUGAAAAACAGCUACUAAACGAUUUAAAAUACGUAGCUGAUUUCAAGCACACUGGACAGCUCGAGGUUUACCAUUCCCUGUUGAAUAAGUACUGUCCCAAACGCUUAGCAUUCUCGUACGCUGGGAUGGCUGCUAGGACGCAACUAGCUGUGCUUGACCACAACUCGGCUGUAAAACGACAACAAGCCACUACAUCCGAUGGGAGGUUGAAGUUCAAAGUUUCUUUCACCAAAAUUACGAAGGAGUGGGUGGCAAAAAAGUUAAUGGAUCCGAAAGAAAAAAAAUACCAAGAGGACUUGAUGAAGGAAGUGUUUGAUUUGGUUCAAAAAAUCAAAGCUCCUAUAUUUUUUAAGUUGCCUGAAACACCCAGAAAUAUUGCAUUAAAAAUAAACCUGAGAAGGAAGUUGUUGUCUCGAAUAUGCGUUCAAGAUUUACCUAAAAGUAACCCCCUGGUUUAUAAAUGAUAUUUAGCAUUACAUCAAGAAACGCUUAUUUUACAAUUCCGGGGGACAUUUGUUAUAUUUUGAA